CUUUGACAAUGGGAAUCCGGUGGAAACUAGUUCUCGCAUUGCAAUCUCCCAUCGAUUGUCCUAAUCUGGGUACUUCGCUGCGAGCUGACGAAACACGAAAGAACAACGUAGAUUGCAGAUUAGGUGUAUUCCUAUACAGAAAACAGCAAACCAUGAAUACAACCUGACUGCACCGGGAACGAGGCAACGCCAAGUUGUUUUAGUUGAUCCGGCCGCCCACGAUGAGCCCCCGCAAACGAGCGCGUCGAGAUCCCACCGAGGCAAACACAUCGCGCCCUCUGAUUCCAUCGACGUCCUCCAGUAAACCCCCGACGGCACUCCCAACCCGCGCAGUCUCAUCUUCUCACGCUUCGGCAUCCUCACCAGCGCUUCCGACGACUUUUGCGCCAUUCUCGGCUGCUACUGCUGCGUCGGCCUCGGCCAGCCGACUGUCUCUGGUCCAUGAUGCCCAACAGCAGCAACAACAACCCCCCGUGAAACAGGUUCACAAAAGCCGAAGCUGGUACGGCUCAUGGCCCAGGGCCCCGAGGUCGAAAGCCGGUGCCUCCACGCAGGUCGCCCGCGAGUCGAUAUUAGGUGGCACAUUGAAGCCGGACACAACUCCCAACCUCACACGGUUUGACACCAAGAGGAGUACGGACAGUGACAGUGAUACUCCCGGCUCUCUUUCACAAUUACCACCGGUCGAGGAAUUAGACACACCCACAGGCCACAGACAUCCAUCUGAUUCUGGAGCUGCUGAGCCUAAUGGACACACUAACACUAAAUCAGACGAUGCGACAUCCGCCACAGCGGCUGGUGAAGAUGACAUCCCUCCACUUCCAGAACUUCAACGGCCAACAGGCGUGGCUGAGCUACCACGGAGGCCCGCGACUUCUUCUGGAUGGUUAGGAUGGCUUGGCCGGUCUGCUGCCCCCGCUCCGGUGCAGACGGUGGAGUCAACAUCUAUUCCGGAAAACGCCAAGGCCCAAAAUCCGGAAGCCAAGCCUUUACUGGCGCCGGAUAGCAGCAAGGACGACUCAAAGAGCCAGAAUGGUAAUCCAGGUUAUGAUACUAUAUCAACCUCAGCCUCGCUACACCCUUCAUCUUCAGAGUCGCCUGCCGAGCCAGCUGCGACUUCUUGGUUUGGGUUCUGGCCCACCAGCCGCACGGCUCCACCACAAGAAGCAACCUCGGUUAAAAGCGAUAUUGAACAGAAUACCAAGCCUUUGUCCUCAGAUCCUGUUACUGAGCCGAUCAAGAAUCGGGAAGAUGUGGUGAUGUCAGAUAAUUCCGUGACAUCCCCCGAGGCUCAGCCUGCGGGGUCAACCUGGGCGUUUUGGUCUAGGGACCCAAACACCAAGUCUACGGGGUCCGGCAAGGGUGUCGCAAAGCGGGAGCCCGGAGAGAUUGCGGUCAUUGGUGAAGGAUCGGAAGCUCAUCCUGAACCUGCCAGUACAGUAGACAAUGCGCCGCCAGCCGCACCGUCUGCCGUGUCCAAGACUAAAGAGUUGCCCAAGAAGUCUAAGCGCGUUCGGGCUCAGUCGAUGGAUAUCGAUUAUCCCACCACUGCCAACAGGCCCUCAACUGCCACAUCUGUCGCUACCACCAAGACAGAAUCUAGCAUCAAGGCUGCGACUCCUGCCGUGGAUGGCGCCGCUAAAUCCUCAGCCGGGAACCUGCUAUUGCCGUCCUUUAGGUCUACCUACAGGAUGAAGGAAAAUCCAUCAAUCAUUCAACAGAUUGCGCAGUUUCUCCUCAGGACCCAACAGAAGCCCCAGGCGAACCACGCAUUUCUCACCAAGGAGCCUCCGAAAAUCCAGAAGGCAUUGGCUAUUGGGGUCCAUGGCCUGUUCCCAGCGACAUAUUUGCGCCCCAUGAUCGGUCAACCCACCGGCACAUCCAUCAGGUUCGCAAACCAUGCUGCUGACAGUAUACGCCGAUGGGCUGAUAGCCACGGCUGUCAGGACUGCGAAAUCGAAAAGGUCGCGCUCGAGGGCGAGGGCAAGAUUGGCGAAAGAGUUGAGAAUCUUUGGAAGUUGCUUCUGAACUGGAUCGAGUCUAUACGAAAGGCCGAUUUGAUAUUGGUGGCAUGUCAUUCUCAGGGUGUACCAGUUAGCAUCAUGUUGGUUGCCAAACUUAUUGAGCUUGGUAUCAUCACGACGCCGCGGAUUGGUGUUUGUGCAAUGGCUGGUGUCUCACUUGGACCAUUUCCAAGCUACCAAUCUGGCAUGGGUAUGCUGAUGGGAUCUGCAGGUGAACUAUGGGAGUUUGGAAACCCCGAAAGUGAUGUUUCUAAGCGCUACGAGGCAGCUCUCAAGGCUGUAUUGGAGUAUGGUGUGAGGGUUACUUAUAUCGGCAGUAUAGACGACCAGGUCGUUCCUUUAGAGUCCGCCCUCCACUCACCCGCCAAUCAUCCGCUGCUUUUUAGGGCGGUAUUUGUUGAUGCGAGGGUUCACGCUGCGGACUUUAUUGCCCACUUGGUUGGAUUUGCUCUAAAGCUCCGAAACAUGGGCAUCUCAGACCAUGGCCUCAUUCGAGAACUGAGCGUUCCGCUGGCAGGGUCGCUCUACUCAGGAGCCGGGCACUCUACGCUCUAUGAUGAUCCGCAACUUUACGAUCUUGCCGUUUCCCACGCACUAGAAACAAGCGACGUAGGCAAGGUCCCCUGUGAGAUCGGAAAGCACGAAGGCAUCACCACCAGCAACCCUUAUCAUCUCCCUUGGAUCAUGCGCGGUCUCUUAGAGGAGGACUUUGUCAAGACGGAACUGUCAUCAGAGGUCACGGAGCUGUUGAAGCAGUUUGACAGCUGGAAGCCCGUGACCAAGGCGUUGAAGGAUGUCAAAUAUAGACUAGAGGCCGUUCGCUCAAAACUUUAAGAUUUAGAAUUUGCGACCGGCGAAAGACAAGUACAUACAAGCAUACCCGGGAAAUGCGGUCAAUAUGAGGGGGGGGGACAGGAUGGAGUUUAAGGUGUAUUGUGUGAGAUAUUUUUUUGUAAUCAUGAUUAUAGAACAAACGUCAGCCAG